GCGUAGAAUAGAUUUCAUUAAUCAGCCGGGAGUACCUGGUUUCUGCUGACAGUGCCGUUUUUACCGCCCUGCCUUCCCACUCUUCCAAGAACAUUAAGCAGGGAGCUCUUGGAAGCUUACUUGGGCCCCUACUUGCAGCAAGACGCGAGGUUGAACCCGUGAUUGGAGCAUGGCUGCAGCGCUGAACCCUCAGAUCGACGCGCCCCUGGAGGUUGCGGGGUGCCUAAUAAUGAAGAUGGAAAAGGACCCCGAGUGGGCAUCGGAGUCCAUUACGGAAGGAUCAGAUAGCUCCGAGUCUGAGACCUUUCGCAAAUGCUUCAGACGGUUCUGUUAUGAGGAUGUGACCGGACCUCAUGAGGCUUUCAGUAAACUCUGGGAACUUUGCUGCCGGUGGCUGAAGCCAGAAAUUCGUUCCAAGGAGCAGAUCCUUGAGCUGCUGGUGAUUGAGCAGUUUCUCACCAUUUUACCGGAGAAGAUUCAGGCGUGGGCACAGAAGCAGUGUCCGGAAAGUGGAGAGGAGGCAGUGGCCCUGGUAGUGCAUUUGGAGAAAGAGACUGGAAGACUAAGACAGCAGGUCAGCAGUCCUGUGCACUCAGAGAAUCAGUCUUCACUUGGAGCAACAUGGGAGGUGGCAGACUUUCAGCCAGAACAAGUGGAGACCCAGCCCAGGGUGGUGUCCCUGGAGGAACCUGGAGGCCUCCACUCAGGAUGCCAGGAACAGCUGAACCGUAGAAGAGAGCAUCGGCCCUUUCCCAAAAAGGCUCAGCUUUCUCCCUGGGUUCCUGCCCGUGCUGAUGAAUGGAACACCAGAGACCAGGAAGUGACAACCACACGUCUUUCUGUUGGAUCCCAGGGACCAGUGAAAGAUAUCCACACAGCAAGGGGUUUCUCCUACAAAGAGAACGUGCAUAAGAUUCCUGCUCACAGAGACCUCUACCAGGAGAUCAGGAAGGAGAGUGUCGGAAACAUGGUCUCCUUGGGAGGUUCAGUGUCUACUACUAGCAAGAUAGCCCAGUUGGAGCAAAGAAAGGAGCCACGGACUAUAGGUCUUCAUUCCUCUAAUAAGAGGAAUACCCUCCGAAGCAACUAUAUCAAGGAAAAGUCAGUUCAGGCUGUUCAGAUCCCUACAAGAAGUGCAGGAAAACUGUGGCGAGAGCAACAACAGUGGGGUUUAGAAGAUGAAAAAAUAGCAGGUGUACAUUGGAGCUAUGAGGAAACCAAGACUUUUCUUGCGAUUCUCAGAGAGUCCCGCUUCUAUGAAACGCUUCAGGCUUGUCCCCGAAACAGCCAGGUAUAUGGUGCUGUGGCUGAAUGGUUGCGGGAAUGUGGCUUCCUCCGAACACCAGAACAGUGUCGGACCAAGUUCAAAAGUCUCCAGAAGAACUAUCGAAAAGUGAGAAAUGGCCACAUUCUCGAACCCUGUGCCUUCUUUGAGGACAUGGAUGCUUUGUUGAAUCCCACAGCCUAUGCUUCAUCCUCUGAUAAGCCAAAGGAGAUGAUAUCUGUCCCCAGACUAAAGAGAAUUGUUAUCAGUAAUAAAGAACAGAUUCGUUUGGUGGAAGAGGAAGAAAUGGCAGAAGAAUCAGACGGUGAUGAAAUGGGCAUUGAAUUAAUCCGGAAAUCUGAAAUUCGUGGUACCCCUGUUUUGUUUCAAAACCUAAGUGGUAAGAUUUGUGCUUUUUUUUUCUGGGUUGUUGUUAGUGUUAAGUGGGAAAAUACAGGUGAAGGCAUGUUGCAAAUGCUAAAAACAUUGCCUGGUAUCACCGUUACUAGUGUGCACUGGGGCUAUGAGGAAACCAAGACUUUUCUUGAUAUCCUCCGUGAGACUCGGUUUUAUGAAGCACUUCAAGCGUGUCAUCGGAAGAGCAAAUUGUAUGGGGCCGUGGCUGAACAGCUGCGAGAGUGUGGCUUCCUCCGUACACCUGAACAGUGCCGGACCAAGUUCAAAAGCCUACAGAAGAGCUACCGCAAAGUGAAAAAUGGCCAUGUGCUAGAGUCCUGUGCUUUCUACAAAGAGAUGGAUGCCCUGAUUAACUCACGGGUAUCUGCCGCUUCCAGCAACACCCUAGAAGAAGUCCCAUCACCCUCAAGGCAAGAAAGAGAGGAUGUUGAGACUGAGCACCAGGAACCUACAGGCUGGGAACCUGAGGAGACUUCACAGGAGGCAAUAGUAGAAGAUUCUGGCAGUGAGAGAAUGAGUCAGGAGGAAACUGUACAAGAGCCAGAAUUCCUGGGAUCUACAGGCGGGCUGCAAAGCCCAAGUGAUUUUGAAAUUGGAAAUAGCAUCAAGGAGGAUCCAAGACAGGCAAUAUAUAAGGACAUGGAACAGCAUAGGGCAUUAAUAGAAAAGUCUAAAAGGAUUGUUUCCGAAAAUACUGAUCCAGGUAGAUAUCACAAAAGCGAACACAUCUCAGGAAGACAAUGGGAAAACCUUCAAGAAAUUAGACAGGGAAAGCUGGUGUCCCAGCCUAGAGAUUUAGGGAAAGCUGUAAUGCAUCAGAGGCCUUUCAUGGGGAGGAAACCCUACAGACUUCUCAAAUAUGGAGAAAGCUUUGGCAGGAGUGCUCGUCUUAUGUGCCGGAUGACCCACCAGAAGGAAAAUCCAUAUAAAUGCAGUGUCUGUGGGAAGUGCUUUGGUAGAAGCAGGAGCCUAAUUAGACACCAAAGAAUCCACACAGGAGAAAAACCUUUUAAAUGUCUUGACUGUGGGAAAAGCUUUAAUGACUCCUCAAAUUUUGGUGCCCACCAGAGAAUUCACACGGGAGAAAAACCCUACAGAUGUGGAGAAUGUGGAAAAUGCUUCAGUCAAAGCUCAAGUCUUAUUAUACAUCAGAGAACCCACACAGGUGAGAAGCCUUAUCAGUGUGGGGAGUGUGGGAAAAGUUUUACCAACAGUUCUCAUUUCAGCACCCACCGGAGAGUCCACACUGGUGAGAAUCCCUACAAAUGUGUAGAUUGUGAAAAAAGUUUCAAUAACUGUACAAGAUUUCGAGAACAUCAGCGAACACACACUGGAGAGAAGCCCUAUGGAUGUGCCCAUUGUGGUAAACGUUUCAGUAAGAGUUCUGUUCUUACCAAACACCGGGAAGUUCACAUGCGAGAAAAGCUGCCAUACCUGUCAUCUGUGUAUUCCCCAGAGAACACACAUAAGGGAAAGAUUGAUGAGUUCAGGAAAACUUUUUGA